CUUUAACAAUAGAGUGUACUAAUCUCCAAUUCGUAGGACGUAGCAGACAAGUCGUUUUUGGAGGUAUGUGACGUGUUUGUCAACAUCUUCGAUGCUCGUAAACUUGACACUUCAGGCCGAUGCUACGGGACAGUUCGAGGAUGCCUAUGAACCACAGGGCUUUUUUGACGGCAUGCAAGGGCGCGUUCAUUACUCCGCAACGCGUCAUUCCCAUACCCAGCCCUCUGCACGUCGUCGCAGCAGUACUCUCGCCUCCUUGGGGUCACAUCCACGCGUGGCCCUCAAUAGGCUCUCCUCGCUCUUCCAACGCUCUUCUCCCACCGACCACGAUGCAACACAACCUCGGCAGCGCUCUAGGCAAGGUUCCUUCCGCCGACCCCCUGUCGUGGAAGUUGCGGCCGCCAAGGAUAAAAGGACUUUAUAUGUUGCCCCACCCCGUAACAAAAAGAUCAAGAUUGUAGUCACUCAGACCCAAGAACAGCAAGAAGUUCAAAACCGACCUGUAGCAUCAUCAUCGCGCCAUGAAAUCACUUCCGGCGGCGACAUGUCCACGACACCUAUAACUGCAGCUCACACCGCCACAACACCUGCUGUCGCCAAAUCCACUCCUUGGUGGAUUCGUGUCGUAUUAUUUGCCUGCUGCACGUCUGUUGACCGUGCUAGUGGCCACCGCUAAUCAAAAGGCAGCUAUUUUUAAUUCCAGACAUCACCCUUGCUUUGUUCUUUCAUGUCUUCUACCAUAUGGUCGGGUUUUUUGUCUCGAUGUUGUUAUUAUGUUGAUCAAUUUCUGUACUGACGUUUUCUGCUUUA